AUACAUUUCAAGUGAAAUAAUUGAAGUGAAAGCGACGACCCCCCGAUUUAGAUGUGGUUAUCGUCUAGCUGAGAGAAGAUGGCGGGCUUCUGGCUCCUGCUCACUCUCUUAGCUGCUGUACAUGCGCAGAAUAACCGCAAUGACGGGCCGCGGUUCCUAUCUCGUGGUCAUUCGUUCAGGACAGUGGUGGGAGACACUUUGCUGCUGCCUUGCCAGGUCCAAAACUUGGGUUCCCUAGUGUUGCUAUGGAGACGCGGACCCGCUGUGCUAACUGCUGCCAGUUUGAUGGUGACGAGAGAUGAGAGGUUCAGACUUGUAGAUGGGUACAAUUUGCAGAUAACUGAUGUUGGGCCACAGGACGCUGGCGACUACGUAUGUCAAAUAUCAGAUCGUAUAUCACGAGACCAAGUUCAUACAGUGGAGGUUUUGGUGCCACCGAGUGUACGAGCCUCACCGGAAUCCCGUCACGCCGCGGCUCGACGAGGUGGCGCUGCUGUGCUGGAAUGUAGAGCGUCAGGGAAUCCAGUGCCCAGUGUUACAUGGCAUAAGAUGAUCGACAGCUACAAUACAAAUAUCAACGAGAGCAACCUGCGGCUAGCAGAUGGACCCCAACUCCAAUUAUCUCGGCUUGAGAGGUCUCACAGUGGUCGAUAUGCCUGUACUGUGGACAACGGAGUUGGACCUCCCGUCGUCACUGAGUUCCAAUUACAAGUAUUAUACCCUCCAGAGAUUACCGUUGAAAGGUCCUGGGUGCAUACUGGAGAAGGCUUCAGAGCUGAACUACUUUGUACCGUGCUGGCUGACCCGCCCGCUGAGGUGUCCUGGUAUCAGAAUUCUUUCCCUCUGAGCGCUUCCGAGCGCGUUACUAUGUCCGCGCGAGGAAACAAUCAUACGUUACUGAUAGCUAAUGUACAGCCUGAAGACUUCGGUAAUUACAGUUGCGUGGCCGACAACAGCCUGGGGCGCGCGCGCCAGCACGUGGAGGUGUCGGGGCGGCCCGGGCCCGCGCGCUUCACCUCGCCGCCCGUCGCGCGCCGCGCCGCCUACACGCUCGCCUUCACCGUCGACAGCUACCCGCCGCUGGACGAGCUGCGGCUGCUCUACAGGCAACUAGCGUUCAACGAGUCGUACCAGCAGCCGGGGCGGUGGCACGACGUGGUGCUCGCGCCGCCGCCGCCGCCGCCCGCCGGCGCGCUGGCGCACCGCGUGGCGCACGAGCUGCGCGGCCUGCAGCCCGCCGCCGUCUACGAGGCCAUCGUGCAGGCCAAAAAUAGAUAUGGAUGGAACGAGGUGAGUGAUAUUUUCCAAUUCCAUACAUUGGGAGGUGAACAAACAGCACACGCGGGAGAACUCACACCAAUGUUCUCCGGUCAAAGAAUAACCAGAUAUAACAUCUAUACAAUGGUCAAUCUGGCCUUCUUUACUCUAUGGAAUCUCGUCCUUACCGAUUAAGAUUUGUCGGUUUUAUAAAAUGUUUUACAAUAAUCGUUUUUCACUUUGUAAUAAUUCUAUAGAGAUUAAGAUGGAACAAUUUCUAUCGAUAAAAUCGGUAAUAUAUUUCCGGUUUACAACACUAGUCACUUUGAUUGACAGUUCAUUUUAUUAUAGUUUGUCUAAAUAAUUUACUUUGACAAUUCAUUUGAAAUUUAGU